AAUGAAAGUGCCUGUCUUCUUUUUUCAAAGCCCAUUUUCCCCAUGACCGUGCAGGACAGUGUCAGCCCAGACUUAACUAUCUCUCCGGCCUGUCAUCUCUCUGCAUGGAUGAUAAAUCAGCAUUUUUCCUGACUUUUUGCAUUUUGACUCAUUAAGUGUCUAUGGCUAUAGUUUCCUCCAGAGAAAUAACACAGCAUCAUCUGCACCUGAGAUACAAUAGAGAUGGAACAAAUGGUUGUGCUUAUUGGAAAUGAUGAGGGUCCUGAAGGGAAAUCCAUAUAUUUUCUUGCAGAUUAUCAUGAGGAAUCAGAACAAUGAUUUAUCAAACUUAAAUCUAGUCAACCUGCCAAAGGAUGCAUUUGUCCCACAUUUUGCUGAUUUUAAAGGGAAUUUUUAACUUGAAAACAUUCUGGAGUGAGUCAACGGAGCCCACAACUCAUAUACAGAAGAAGAUUUUGACAUUCCCCCCAGGAGAACCUUGACUUUGGUGUCUGUUCACCAGUUCCCAGCGAUCCUAGGAUCAACCUUGGUCUCCCAUGACUUUUGCUGCCAAGAAACACCUUUGACUCAGGAGACAGAAGGCUCCUGUCACAGAAGACUUUCAUCCCUAGGUGGGUGUUUGUCUAGUGAUCUGCAAAUGAGCUGUAACCCCUCUCCUUACAUUUAUGGACUAAUGCCUGGUAGUACCAUCUUUUACAGGACAAUAAAUGACCAGUCUCUAGCUGUCCAUUGAAAAUGUAUUUAGGAAGCUGUCUCUCCUGUUCCUUGGUUAUCCGUAAGUCAUCUUGCCAAAAUGAGCCUUUAGAAAAGAACAGAUGUUCUGUAUAAGAUUUUGAUCCCAACAUGGCUUCUUUUCUUUUUGAAAUAAUGUGUAUAGAAUACAGCACAUCAGACCUGAAGACAUAGCUACAAGGGGUAAUAAGGAAACAGAACAGCUUUAUGACCGGCCAAUUGGAUACUGACUCCCAAGUUCAUCUGAACCGAUCUGAAGUCAAUUUCAUCCCUAGCGUUUAGAGAUGAGGCCUUCGCAGUUCUAAGGAGAGAGAGAAACCACGCAAGAACCUAAGGGAAAUAAGGCCUUGAAAACUCCCUACCUGAACAGACCCACGUUAUGGGGUGAAACCAGAACCCUGGCUGAAAUCUUCAAAGGAAAGAGGGUUAGCUGCAAAGUCUGGAGGAGUAAGAUAUACUUUCGUUCUGCUCUUUGGAAUAGCACUGGCCCACUUACGGGUUAUUUCUGAACAGCCUAUCAGCAAAAGCAUACUAGGCAAGUCAAAGGACCAAGUAUUUUUUAACGACGUUUUUAUAAGUCGGGUUAUAAAGAGAGUGCCCAUUUGAAUACUGUCUUUGUUUAAGGGCAGCAUGGACGAUACAGCCCGGUGCUCUGUGCAAGGGUUCCGAAGACAACGAUAAGCGAUGAUAAACUGACUGCAGCAUAAAUCAUCCUGGCAGAGUUGUUAGAACAGUGAAGAUCUGCAAAAUCCAGGCUGUGGCUUCACUUUCUUAGAGACAGCGUAUUGGAGGAUACCGGAAAGAUCGCUUAUCGUGGUGACAUUUUUGCAAAGGCCUGGGCUGCUUUUGGGGUGGGGGGAGAGGGUUCAAGAAGACUAUCAGCAAACCUUACCCCAGUCCCUGGGACUCCCCGCCUCUCUCCCCGAACCAGCUCGCCCGCAGACUGCGGCAGGGAAGCCCCAGCGCCCGUAGGUGGCGCCCCACGUCUGUGCUUGUGCUCCUCGCCCGCGCUCUGGGCGCUUCUCGGAAACCGGUGUGUCUACCCAGGUCGUUAGAGCCCAGAGCAGGCGUUUUAAUAAAUAAGCGCGAGGGCCAACGCGCUCCAUCAGCCCCGAGGUUCAGAGGAGCAGACACAGAAACCCAGGCGGAGGGGCCUCUUUAAUCCUUGCCCAAACCUGACAUUUCCCAAACUGGAGGUUCCGGAAGCACAGCUUUUACACCAUCAAGAUCCCAAGAUUUUUCUCUCCAUCCCAGUCCUCAUUUCUUUUUCUUUCUUUAUUUCUUCUUCUUCUUCUUCUUCUUUUUUUUUUUUUUAAAGAAAAUUGCUUUACCCAUUAAUUAUGAAAGUGGUCACGCUCUUCAGGAUUAAGACUUGGAGAGAAUUUGUAAAAGAAAACAAAGACUCGAAAAGAAGAGGCGCGACCGGCUCUUGUGAGGUUGCCUAAUUUUUAAGACAAGCGUCUGGGAGGAUUUCGCUCUGGGUUUUUGGCAGAACAACUUCGCGGACAGCGGUGCUCGCUCAUCAUGGAUGUUCCAGGUCCGUUGGAGCCUUUCUUCUGAGGACGACCCUGGCCUUGACCAUCAGAGCAGGGGACAAAGGCCAGAAGAGGCUCCCCCAGGUCCCGCGCAUUCCUGUGCGCCCUCCCACCCUCCUCCAGCCCCCGCCCGCCGCCGCCCCCGCGCGCUGCCCCCGGAGCCCAGAUGCCGGCUCCCGGCCGGGGCCCCCGCGAGCCGCCGCUGACCAUGCCCGGGCGCCGGGGGGCGCUGCGCGAGCCAGCCGGCUGCGGCUCCGGCCUGGGGGCGGCGCUGGCCCUUCUGCUGCUGCUGCUGCCCGCCGGCUGCCCCGUGGGGGCGCAGAAUGACACGGAGCCCAUUGUGCUGGAGGGCAAGUGCCUGGUGGUGUGCGACUCCAGCCCAUCGGCGGACGGCGCAGUCACCUCCUCCCUGGGCAUCUCCGUACGCUCAGGUAGCGCCAAGGUGGCCUUCUCCGCCACGCGGAGCACCAACCACGAGCCGUCGGAGAUGAGCAACCGCACCAUGACCAUCUACUUCGACCAGGUGUUGGUAAACAUUGGCAACCAUUUCGAUCUCGCUUCCAGUAUAUUUGUAGCCCCCAGAAAAGGGAUUUAUAGCUUCAGCUUCCAUGUGGUCAAAGUGUACAACAGACAAACCAUCCAGGUCAGCUUAAUGCAGAAUGGCUACCCAGUGAUCUCCGCAUUUGCAGGGGAUCAGGACGUCACCAGAGAAGCUGCCAGCAACGGUGUUCUGCUGCUGAUGGAAAGGGAAGACAAAGUGCACCUCAAACUGGAGAGGGGCAACCUCAUGGGCGGCUGGAAGUACUCCACGUUCUCUGGCUUCUUGGUUUUCCCUCUAUAAAUGCACAGCACCCCUGGCUGGUGGGGAAGUUGUCCCAUGGACCCAGGAUUCCACCCUUCCUAAUACCCCGCAUUUGAACUUGCCAGAACAGGACAACUUCUUUCCCACCUCCUCCAUCAAACUGUUGCGGUAGCAGAGUGAUUACCUUCUGAACCUCCAGUAUUUUCUUCCAAGAUUGACCAUGCCUCGGGAACCUGGCCUCUAAUUAGUUUUAGAUGACAAGGUCUUAAGGAGAAAUGAAAUUAUCGAUCUGAGCAAUUUGUACCUGUGAUUGUAAAGUCAAUAUCGGAUUUUAUUGUUGGGACCAUUGACUUUUCUUCUUUGGUUUGUACAUGGUAUUGUUGUCCCCAACCCCCACGUGAGGAGUGCCGCUGACCCCUGACCCCGGGAUGGAUUGCAGGCUGCAGGCUGGGCUCCAAGCAACAAUCAAGAGCCCAGCAGGUCCCCGCUUGCCCGCCAGUCCUUGAAACCUGUUCUCCGUAUGUCUGUUCAGCCUUAAGAAAAAGAAUGGCUUCACUUUCCUGCUGUAUUCCACCCACCCCACCCACCCCUGUGGGUGGAUGGGAGGACUGGGGAGGGGAAAGGGGACAUUGUGUCAAGAAGUGCUUUAUCCGGAGAAGCAAAUUUUGCACGAUUGGACCGCAGCUCUUGUUUUGUAUUGUUUGUGUAUUUGUGUGAAUUUUUCCCUCCAAGAAGCUUUACUUUUCUUCUCACACUCAGCUCUCCCUUCGCUCCCUUCCUUUUAUCUUUUGUGCUGGGGUGGGGAGAGAAAACGCGUGUUGAAUUCCUGGAGGAGACCAAACAACGCAAAACAAACAAUCAAAAAAUACUUGUCUAUUUUGUGUUGGAUGAGACCAAAUCAAACAAAAGUUACCUGUAUGUCAAAGUAAAAAUGACAAAUGGACAUUCCUGCUUAUUCUUUCAAAGAGAUUCUCUCAGAUGCACUUUUAGGACUAACAACCUGGAUUUUUUUUUUUUUUAAUUGACAUUCUGGAAUACUUUAAAAGCCUGAUGUUCCUGGGUGGCCUGAAUCAUGUCAGAAGAGAAUGGAAGCUGUGAUGACCAAGUCCCCAAUCUCAUAGUGGUUUCUUUGCCGAAUGCACCUGGGUUUUCCAGGCAGCUUGUUUUUGUUCAUUUGGAUCCACUUCUGGGUGAGCACACUGCCAUGAGGCACCUCAGAAUCAGGGACCAACCAGCUCCUCUGCUCCAGGAUCCUCUUCUGAUCUGCCUUGGGCAGAGGGUGUGGACCUUCCCCUGGGAGCACCUGGCUGGAGGCCACCUGGAAAUCAUAGUGGUUGAAGGUAUUGGCAGAGGUGUCCUACAGGCAUUUCCCCCAUCCUUCUUAUUUGGCACCUUGUACAUCAGUAUUUAUUAAGACACAGCUGAGAGUUGAUGGGUGCAGGAUUCAUACGCCAAGGAAAUGGCACUGAUUCCAAAGCAAUCAAAGAAGAGACCUCAAACCAGAUGUUAAUUUGUCCUUUGUGUAACAAUGUAACCAAAAUAUUGAUGAUAAAAAAUCAUAAUUUAAGAUUCAGAAUAAAUGGGUUUGAUGUCUGG